AUGUAUGGUGAUCUGGCGAAUAAAUUGGUCCUAGAGGCCAAGAGAUCACAACAAUUGAGUAAUAAAAGCAAAAAGGGAAACAGUCUGCCUAUGUAUCAUGAAGAAUUGGUUAGAAAUAUAUUACAGGAGGUGGUCCAGUUGAGUAAGAAUACUGAAUAUUUAAAAGAGCAACAACAACUGGGUAAUAUGGAUAGUAAAGUAUGGAAAUGUCAACAAUUUGUGAUGUUACUUUGUAUGGAACGUAAUAAAAGAUGUUUACUUGCGUAUCAAAGAUUAAGAAGUCAAAUGUUAGACUCAUUAGCUUGGGAUAAUAAUGGUUUAGAUAUUCUCCAUGAUACAUUGGGGAACACUCAAGAUACAACUGAUUUGUCACCACAAGAACAAGAAUAUCUUAAAGAAUAUUCCGAAUUGAUAACAGAAUUGAAAAGUGGUGCAUUAACAGAUAUUGAUUUGACAGGCAGUUUAACACCACCGAGUGAUGUUUUCAUCGAUGUCAGAGUGCUGAAAGAUGCAGGUGAAAUUCAAACUGAAUAUGGUGUUUUUAAUUUAAUCAAGGACUCCCAAUUCUUUGUUAGACAAUCUGAUGUUGAAAGGUUAAUCCAACAAGGUUAUCUGCAAAAAAUAAAAUAA